AUGAGACUUUCGUUUGGUAAACAACGUUAUCAUGGCGGUACAACAGUAACUUUGACUGAACGAGGAGCUUCUGAUUCGUUGCAUGCUGCGCAAGCUAUCUUCCAGAACCAUUCCAAUGAGGUCAGCAGUCCAUGCCCUUCAUUAACGGUGAACAGUAAUGCUCAAACAAGAUUAUCAGAGUCAUCGCUACAGAGACCAGGGCGGAAACAAGAACAAAAGAAGGCUCGCAUACGAACAAAACAGGUUCCCAAGAUUAAAACAACGGCGCCUAAUGGUGUUGAGUUGUCUAAGAAACACAGUCCAAGCCCCGCAGGUAAAGACAAUGUUAUUAGUACUGCACAAAUGGCAGCGGCUUUAGCACAUUCACAAUCUAAACUUAGUUCAGACAACAAUCACCCUUAUUCUUCAGGAUUGGAUACACUAAAAAGUUUGGAAACUCCAAAUUUGAGUGGUUUGUUGGGCAUUCACUCGCGUUCAUGCUCAAGAAACGGCUCUAAUGAAUCAUUGACGCUUGCCCAAAGAACUCCCGACAAUAGAUCUCAAGAAAAUUUAUUUACUCCAUUAAGUACCAGUAGAAGGCCAUCCUCGGGUUCUAUGGAACCUGCAAUUAAUAAAGAUAACAACAAAACUCAAUCCAAACGUAGACCCUCCCCUCCCUUGCAAUCAUCAUUUAUCGGUAGUGGUGUCCUUCAUGAAAGUGAAAACCUGUCAUCAGUCAGUAUCGAUUCCAAGCAUAGCCUAAAUCUGGACACUUCAGACGUUAUUUCUAACAGGUCACAAACAAGUCUGUCUCAAACAAUUAAUCAACUUUCGUUAUGUGAAUCAGAGCCAUCUAUUGCAAGCUCGAGCACUACUACCACGGCGAGUAACCAGGGAAGCAGCUUGCCUAACUUGGUUCCGAAUUAUUCUUCUGAUAUGAGGAAGAAGAAGCUUGUCAACAAAUUUAAAAGGAAAGUUUUUGGUACUAAGCCCAGACACUUAUCUUCACAAUAUGAAAUGGAUGCGAGCAACGAAGAGUUGGGACAGCAUGAACAACAGCCAAGUAUGAGAUUUAAAACAACACUACGUAAAACUUCUGUGAGUACAAACGCGGAAAACGAUCAUACGUCUUCGCUACACGAAGGAAAUGUGAGGUUUAAGUAUAAUCCUUCUAACGAUACGUAUGAUGUAUAUGAUGAUACUGAAUCUGAUUCUGGAUCUGAUCAGGACCAGGGCGCUAUAGCCAAGCCACGCAAAAGAGACAGAAUUAAGAGGAAGAUCAAGAAUUCUGCCAAUAAAACGACACAUCACAGGCCUAUCCAUCGCACAAGGAAUCGGAAAUUUAAUGAGGAUAAACCUUGGAAAUCCCAUACAGAUAUAACCUUCGUAACGGACAACGAAAGAAAGCGUUACGAAAGUAUGUGGGUAAGUAACAGACACCGUCAUUUGAACCUGUUGAACUGGUGGCCCUCCUUGAAGCAUGAUUCCGUAGCCAUCAACACUUUACCCGAGGAUGGAUUGAUUUUAAAUAUCAUAGUCCGCGAUAUCUGGAAGCGGUCUAAUUUACCCAAUAGUCUAUUAGCAGAAAUUUACACUAAAGUAGACACAAGAAAAGAUGGUACAUUAGACAGGAACUCCUUCAUUGUGGGUAUGUGGCUCGUCGAUCAGUGCCUGUAUGGCAGAAAGCUUCCCAAUGUUGUCGAGCAAUGCGUUUGGGAUAGCGUAGAUAGAUAUGCUUCGACCUCGGUUGUGCCAGUGAGUACGCUCAAAGCGAUGGCCAAGCAAAAGAGAAAGCAAAUGAAGGAAGAGAUCAAGAAUAUCAAGAAGGAAAACCGCGUAGUUCUUAUAGACCACAAUAGCUCGUCGUGA